AUGGAGACCAAGACCAGCCCCAUCUUUACCACUGAAGAGGAGACCGCUUCUCCCACCACUGGGGAAGUCGUCACACCGUCGAAGUGGAGUUAUUGGAAACACUAUCUCACAAGCCGCGAUGGGUGGAUAGGUGACUAUGACUAUAUGUACCUAAUCACUCCGAACAUCUACCCACUCAACAAGCGUUACAAAGAUGCCGAACCCCCCUUCUAUGGCCUCAACGACGAGGUCCCCAUUCUGUUGACCAUCAUCUUGGGCCUGCAACAUGCCCUGACCAUGAUCGGGUCGGUGGUGUCACCCCCUCUGGCCCUCGCGAGUGGCGCCUUCUACCUCGAUUCAGUCCAAUCCCAGUAUCUAGUUUCGGCGGCGUUCAUCACCACUGGGAUAGCUACAGCCCUACAGGUAACCCGUGUGCAUAUAUUCAAGUCCCCGUUGUACAUCGGAACGGGGUUGUUGUCGGUUGUCGCUCCAACAUUUGAUGUCAUUGCGGUCGCGAUGAACUACGCGGACACACGAUACAAGAACGGGUCCUGUCCGACCGAUGAGAGCGGCUCCCGACUCCCAUGCCCUGAGGCUUGGGGAGCAGCACUGGGUACAACUUUGUGUACGGUCUGGAUCCAGAUUCUCAUGUCUCUCGUCCCCCCUAAAGCCUUGAACCGUAUCUUUCCGAAGGUUGUCACGGGAAGUCUGCUACUUCUUGUUGGGGUCUAUCUCAUCUCGAGUGGAAUGGAGAACUGGGGAGGGAGUUCGAACUGCGACGGGGGAACGGGGUAUUAUGCCCUCUGUCCGAAUAUAGAUGCCCCGAGACCGCUCCCAUGGGGCGACCCUAAGCUGAUUGGUCUCGGAUUCAGCGUCUUUGUCACCAUCAUUCUCGUUGAAUUCAUUGGCUCCCCGUUGAUGAAGUCCGCCUCCGUUAUCUUGGGGCUGGCAGUGGGAUGUGCUAUCUCCGGCGCAACAGGUUACUGGUCUCGCGAGGAAAUUGACGCUGCACCAGUCGGUACAUUCCUCUGGGUGCACACAUUUCCACUUUCGGUGGACGGUGCGCUGGUCCUCCCUCUGCUCAUCAUGUUCGUCUGCGAAGCGGUCAGUUGUAUGCCGGAUAUUCUAGCCACGGCCGAAAUCUCCCGGGUGGACAUCGAGGGGCGCGAGUUCCAUAGUCGUAUCCAGGGAGGUAUUCUGUGCGACGGCUUGGGAAGUCUGGUCAGCGCGUUGGGCACCUCGUUGCCUAUGGUCAGUCAGGCGGGAAAUAAUGGUGUCAUUUCCUUGACCGGUUGUGCUAGCCGUCGAGCGGGUUGGUGUGCCUCGACCAUUCUUCUGCUGAUGGGAAUCUUUGGCAAAUUCGGGGCCGUCUUCGGAUCAAUGCCACCUUCUGUGCUGGGAGGAAUGCAGGUGUUCUUGUAUAGCACGAUUGUUGUGGCCGGCGUGCGUGUCCUCGCACUUGUUGACUUUAGCCGACGCAACCGAUUCAUUCUCACGGCGUCGUUGGGGAUCGGGUUCAUGGACAUCGUUUCCCCGAGUUGGUUCAGCUCGGUGCUGGCGUACAGUGGGCCGAACGUGCAUCUGCAAGGUUUCGAGCAAGGGAUCAACCUAAUCGUUGAGACGCCGUUCAUCAUCGCGGCAGUCGUGGGGGUGGUACUGAAUCUCGUGCUGAAGGAUGAGGGGGAAAAGACCAACGCGGUGUUGCCAUAA